AUGCGUCGUACCAAAGUCAGUCUGUUCCCGUUCUAAGACUUGUGUGGAAAAACAGUAUCACUUGCAUCUGGAAGCUCGUACAUUAUCGUUCAACCGUGUUUACUGAGGUUUGCUGGCCCGCGUGCACCAGCUGGGAUCUUUCCAGCAGCAAGAAGCUUGCCAUGUAAAAGUGGCUCGUAGAGUUGUUUUAACGCUUGGUAUGGUUUGCUGUGGGCGGGUUGCCUAUGGCCGACCAACCUAACACUCAGCCAGGGGGGUUGAAGAAGCAUCAGCCUCUCGUGGGAACACGUUCUCCCAUUCAAACCAGGUCCCGAACCCGGAACCUGGCCCAGCAUCAGGACAACCGGCCUUUAUCGGGAAGCCGAAGCUUGCCAAGCUGCGCAGACGGCCAGCAGUUGGGAGAGGCUAGCAAGCAAAGCGUGGACUUGGGAGAGCCACCACGAAAGAAGAGUAGAAUUCCAGUUCGCACACACAAGUACCAGCAGCACCAGCAGCAUCACCAACAGCAGCAGGCUUUGUGUAGUACCUCGUCAGCAUCGCCAGCAGUGGGUGGGGCUGGGGGGGCAGUGGAGAAAGGGGGUGGCAGCAGCUGGGGGGGCAGGAGCGGCACCACCACGGGUUCCUGCGCCAGCAGUCGGAGGCGGUCCUCGCGCGUGAGCAAGCUGGGCGGCGGGCCCACCCGCGCUGGGGCCAUGUCUGCGCCCCCCCCAGACCCCCCCAACGAUGGAGGACCCUCCUCUUCCUCAGCUUCCACACAGGACCAUCCCCAGGCGUCUUCUGAUGCUGCCCCUGCAAACAGCAGCGCAGCACAACCAGCUUCAAGCCGUGUGGGAGGCAGUUCAGGGGCUGCAGACAGCGAAUCGGACGACAACGAAAUGGGACGUCUACAAGCACUGUUGGAAGCUCGAGGCUUGCCGCCGCACCUGUUUGGCGCACUGGGCCCUCGGAUGCAACAUUUCCUGCACCGAUCGAUAGGAAGCAGCGCCAGUAGCCGAGCUCAGCAGCUCCUGGGGGGUCUUCAGUGUGGGGACGAGGGUCAGCAACUCCAGGCCACAAUGGAAAUGUGCCAAUUACUAGUGAUGGGCAACGAGGACACCUUAGCUGGCUUUCCUGUAAAGCAAGUGGUUCCUGCCCUGACUACACUGCUUUCCCUGGACCACAACUUUGACCUCAUGAACCAUGCGUGUCGGGCGCUCACGUACAUGAUGGAGGCACUUCCGCGUUCGUCCGCCGUUAUUGUGGAUGCUGUGCCAGCCUUUCUUGAGAAGCUGCAAUCAAUUCAGUGCAUGGAUGUUGCUGAACAAUCGUUGACGGCUCUCGAAAUGCUUUCACGGCGACAUAGCAAGGCCAUCCUGCACGCUCGCGGAGUGUCGGCGUGCCUGACCUACCUGGAUUUCUUCUCGAUCAGUGCUCAGCGGUCGGCUUUGACGAUUGCAGCAAACUGCUGUCAAAACCUGGGACCUGAAGAGUAUCCCUUAGUCACAGAUUCCGUCGCUCUGCUCAGCGGAAGACUGUCACACAGUGAUCGGAAGUCUGUGGAGAGUGCCUGUCUCGCCCUGGCACGGCUAGUGGAUUGCCUUGCGGGUGCGCCGGCGCUGUUGCAGGAAGUGGCGUCUCACGGGUUGCUGCAGGCCUCGCAAGGACUACUGGCGCUGACACCGCCCCCCGUCUCUUCUGCCACUUUUGUAAUGGUUGUGCGCAUGCUGGCCGUGCUUUGUGCUGCCUGUCCUCAUUUGGCAGUGCAACUCUUGGACCGCAAUGUUGCUGAAACACUUCGUUUCCUUCUAAUGGGUGCGUGUGAUCCGUCAGAAGAUGAUAUCGAGCUUGUUCCAAGAAGUCCCCAAGAGCUGUAUGAGAUCACUUCCCUUAUCUCUGAGCUGAUGCCUGUGUUGCCUCAAGAUGGCAUUUUUGCUGUGGACUCUCUGCUAGCAAAGCCGAAUGCCCACCAAACAGAUGCGGUGGUGUGGAAAUGGCGUGACGACAGGGGGCUUUGGCAUGCCUAUUCUUCCAUUGACUGCAAGAUCAUUGAGGCAGCCCAUCAGUCGGGGGAAGACGAAAUUAGCUUGCUCACAAUGGGGAAGACCUACACAAUAGAUUUCAAUUCAAUGCAGCAAAUCAAUGAAGACACCGGCACAGCGCGGCCUGUUCAAAGGUUCACAAAUCAGGGCAUCGUACAAACACCAACGGGUUCAAACAAUACUACAUCAUCGUGUAGCAGCAACAGCAGCACCAGUAAUGGUGAUCCUCGUGCUGCCUGGCUACAGGACCAAAGUGGGGGGUCAGCCGAAGGCAGCACGGCAGGGGGCAAGGCCUUCUUGGGCGCCCUCUUUGGAGCCCUACAUGAAGUGUACAGCAGCUCUGCGGGCCCUGCUGUGCGCCACAAGUGUGUGCGCGCACUGCUCCGCAUGAUCUACUAUGCCCCAGCCGAGCUGCUGGCCUCGGUGCUGCGCUUCCAGACUGUGGCCUCCCACUUGGCAGCCAUGCUGUCAUCUCAGGACUUGCAUGUUGUUGUUGGAGCUCUGCAGAUGGCCGACAUCCUCAUGCAAAAGCUGCCAGAAGUCUUUGGGGUGCACUUUCGACGGGAGGGAGUGAUGCAUCGAGUGAAGCAGCUCGCUCAAGAAGCUGUGGCGGCACAGGCGGCCAGCACAGGGGGCAGCACGAGCAGUGGGUCCGCAAGCUGCACUCCAAGGCAGGCGGAAGAAGCGGCAACGCCUUUAGCUAGUUUAUCUUCCUCCGAAGCUUCUCCGUCUGCUGUUCUCUGGGGUGCCCUUGCCCCUCCGCCUGCCCAUCUGUCACCCUUGGGAAAUUCUGGGGAGAGCGACCACUUUGCUGUGGGCACUGCUGCACAGAUGCGGUUAAGUGACGUACUGAAGAGGAAACGGGUAACCAAACGUGGAAACGGGUCAAGCCGCAAGGCCCGCACAGAGGAGAGCCCUCGAGAUGCCCCCGGUGGGCCCGGUGGUCGUCGUAGCUCACGUGGACCCGGUGAGAGGGACGGGCCCUUCUCCUUGCCACCACCGCCGCCAACCGUAGAGCCUCCCCUUUCCCCUGGUGGCGCACCUGGGAGUCGCAGUACUGGGAGGCUGAGCUCGGCAGCGGCGAGGACUACGUCUUUCCUGGCUGGGUUGAACCCAACACGGUGGGCCAGGUGGGGCAGCACUCCACUGGGAAGCCACCUAAGCAGUCAGGAGUACUCCGUGGAAGUCAAAUCAAGCACUGGCUCGUCGGGAAAUAAGGAAAAGGUCAAGUCGUGGAUUCAUAAUCAGGCCAAGAAGUUCGACGACAACCACUUUGGCUCAGAUCAAGGCAGCUCUCAUCCAGCACUCAGCACACUGAACCGUCUUCUGGUUUCACUUGAGCAUCUUGACAGCAUGACUGACAGUGGCUUGAAAGCACUGCACGAGAUUCGGUCUGUGAUCGUCGACAGCGACGUCUCCUCCUUUGAGGUCAUACACAGUGGCCUAGUAAUCAAGCUGCUCAGUUUCCUCACCUCUGCAAACUGUCACCGAGACGACAGGCUACGUACCUUCUUGAAGGUGUUCCUGCAGACGCCGCAGUACGAUCAAGACACUGUGUACGAGCACAUGCUGACAUCUCCAGGCCCCCUGAGUGCGCUUGUACAGAAGCUGAAUGCUUGCAUCAGUCAGUUGGAGCAGUUUCCGGUCAAAGUGCACGACCUGCCCGGUGCAGUCGGAGGCGGCCGGGGAACCUCCGCAUUAAAGUUCUUCAACACUCAUCAGCUCAAGUGCAAUCUCCAGAGGCAUCCAUCGUGUAGCAAUCUGAGGCAGUGGCGGGGUGGCCCUGUGAAGAUAGACCCUUUAGCGCUGGUACAAGCUAUAGAGCGCUACCUGGUCAUUCGAGGCUAUGGCCGAAUCAGGGAUGAAGACGAUGGUGGCAGUGAUGAAGAGAAUUCCGACGAAGAUAUUGAUGACACUAUGGCAGCAAUGAUGAUCAAUCAGGGCCAGGCUCGACAUAAGCUACAAUUUUUGAUCGGAGAUCAUCCCCUUCCAUAUGGCAUGACAGUUUACCAAGCAAUUAGGCAGUACAGCGGAGGUGCAUCUCAGCAAGACGGGCACGAGACGGACACAGACUCGGAGAACCCCAUGGGUUGUGCCAACAUCUGGGUGCAGACACAUACCAUUUGGUACAGGCCAGUCAGUGAAGACGAUAGGAGCAGUGCAGCUGCGGGCGUAUCAGGACGUAGUAAUCAAUCAUCCACCUCUGGUUCUGGCUCUUCUAGUCGCAGGAAUAAGAGCUCUUCAGGUUCCAAAUCCACAUCAAAAAGGAAGGACGACCUCUGGACUGAUGGUGUUGUUCCAGAGCCUACUUCCAUUCUCCAUCAGUAUCUCAGUCCAACGCUACCAGAGUCGGUAACCAUUCAGGACCCUUCUCUACAAGUCAUUGCUUUGCUCAGGGUGAUAUAUGGCCUUUCCCGGCAUUGGGGUCACCUUUACAAGCUCCACUCAUUUGGUGCUGCUAUCCCACGGUCAGAGUUUGUGAACAGCAAGCUGACAGCCAAAGCUAAUCGCCAGCUGCAGGAUCCUCUCGCUAUCAUGACUGGAAAUAUUCCGUCUUGGCUCACGCAAGUGGCUUAUGCUUGCCCAUUCCUUUUCCCAUUUGAGACGAGACAUCUUCUGUUCUACACGACGUCUUUUGAUCGCGAUCGGGCACUUCAGCGACUGCUUGACAUGACUCCCGAUCUUUCUGGUUCUGAUAACAGCGAAAGAGUCACACCACGACUUGACCGCCGUAAGAGGACAGUAACUCGAGAUGACCUGCUUAAGCAAGCAGAGGCUGUGAUGCAGGACCUCGGUAGUUCACGUGCACUCCUUGAGAUUCAGUAUGAGAAUGAGGUUGGCAGUGGCUUGGGCCCAACACUUGAGUUCUAUGCCUUAGUAUCUAGGGAGCUUCAACGUGCAGACCUUGACAUGUGGAGAGGAGAAACUGUUUCAGUACUCAGAGGUGGUGAGGAGAUGGUGAAGUAUGUUCACUGUCAGUGUGGGCUAUUCCCUUCACCGCUGGGUCACAACGCCAAGGCGGCACAAGUUAGCAGAGUGAAGUCUCGGUUCAAGUUGCUCGGCAAGUUUGUGGCCAAGGCCCUGAUGGACUCCCGCAUGUUGGAUUUGCCGCUCUCUAUGGCAAUGUACAAAUGGAUGUUGGCACAGGAAAACACACUGUCCCUCACCGACAUGGAACACAUCGAUCCUGAUCUCGCACGCUCACUGCAACAACUACAACAGGUUGUACAGGAAAAGCAACGAAUAGAGCGCAACACGAAUCUCGGCCCCGCUGAAAUCCGUAGGAGAGUUGAAGGUCUGCAGCUGGGUGGCUGCCUCAUUGAGCUGCUUGGUCUGGACUUCACAUUGCCUGGCUUUGGCCAGAUAGAGCUGCGCAAGGGAGGUGCCAACAUGGGCGUGUCUGUGCAAAACCUGGAGGACUACCUGCGCUUAGCCGUUCACUGGACUGCAGUGGAGGGUGUGCGCCGCCAGUUAGAAGCCUUCCGCGAGGGCUUUGAAGCUGUCUUCCCACUCUCGCAGCUUACACUUUUCUACGCUGACGAGUUGGAGCAACUUUUCUGUGGCAGUGGACCCAGUCUCUGGGACGUGAAAAGCCUGAUGGAGUGCUGCCGACCCGAUCACGGCUACAGCCACGAUAGCAGGGCCAUCAAGUUUCUCUUUGAGAUACUCAGCAAUUAUCUGCCAGACGAGCAAAGAGCGUUCUUGCAAUUUGUCACAGGGUCUCCCCGGCUACCAGUUGGUGGCUUCAAGAGCUUAAGCCCACCGUUGACAAUUGUGCGCAAGACAUUCGAACCCAACGAGAAUCCGGAUGACUACCUUCCGUCUGUGAUGACAUGUGUCAACUACCUGAAGCUUCCAGACUACUCCGAUGCCAAAGUGAUGCGCGAGAGGCUGCAAGUGGCAGCCAGUGAGGGACAGCGCUCCUUCCAUCUCUCCUGAGUGCUCCUCCUAUGUUUAAUUAAGACAAAGAAACUGUGCCCUGAACUUGACUACGCUCACUGUUCCUUGUGCCCCUCUGGACAACAAUGCCUGCGGGGAUAAAGACUUCUUUUUUUUCUUUCUCCGGGCCUUGUUUCGUUUACGUUGUGCCAUCCACCGUCUUUCCAAAGGUUUGUAUCGUGACCAAAGGAAGCCAGCCUCCAAGGAGCUUCCGUGAGCUGCGGAAUCUGUGAUGCAAUGUGCACGAUAGUGAGCCGGUGAACGUUUGGAUGGGCUGGAGUUUAGCUCCCUUGUGCAUUUUUAAUUAUUAUUAUAAAAAAAAAGAAGUCUACAUCCAUAUGUUGCAGUGUACUUUGUGUGCUGCACUGCAUUGUGGACCUCUGGUAGCAAAACGAGCUGAAGGGUACGGGAAUGUGGUAGUACGUGCUCUUUGCAAUUGGCGCACUUCAGAGUAGUAUCAGUGAUCAAUUAAUGGGCCACUAAAGUGGAAAAAUUUAUCGCAGAAGGAAAGAUGUUGUUACGUUGACAGCGACACAAGAGAGACGGGAUUCAUCCGUUCUGUCGUUCCUGGUGUACGAGCGGAGAAGACCUACAGCGUACGCUUCCCUCUCUCUCCCCCCUUCUCAAGAAGCUGGACAAUGCAGAGAGGCCUCCGAUUGGCCUCCUGAAAUGAUCUCGCACGGUUGGACAAGUCGUGACCAAUGAGAGCCCCUUCCACAUUGUCGGCCUUCUUGGGAGGAAGAGGGGAGCACAAAAUUGCAGGUUUAUUUCGUUCAUAAAUCACGAACGACAAAAUGGAUAACUACCGUUCCUUUCGUGUUGAUGUCAAGGUAACUGCUCAUUUCAUUCCCCAAGGAUAAUUUUUUUCAUUUCAGUGCCCCUUUAACAUUUCAUCCAGCUUUGUGGGGAGUUUUUCUUUUUUUUUAUUCUGUAAACUUUGAGCAAGGAUUUGGUGUUGCACUUCCAGUUGACUUUCUGUUUUUGACGCAGUCCAUUGCAAAGAAAAACUGGUUUUACAAAAAAAUAUAAUGAAAUAGUAGUUCUAAAUGUGGGAAGCACCGUAAGUGACAUCCGUUUGGUGCACACGACUUGUGUUUUUGUAGUAUGUGUGCAAGUGAGGAGGGUGGUUGCUGCUUCAUGUUGAAUGUGUGUGGUGCUUUUCUCCCUCCCGCUGUGGAAAGACUCAAAUAAUAGUGUCCUUAACUUAAGUGAAGCUCAAGGUACUGGAGCAUACAGAACUUGUAUAUCAAUUGAGGUGGUAAUAAAAAUGAAAUCUUUGCUGCA